UCUAGCGAACGUCGUAGUGCGUCGUAGUCGGUAUUCUCUGCCCGGCAUCAGCUGUCGACUGCCAUCACGAAUUUGUUUUCCGCACUUUGGACUGAUCGUGGCAGUCAUCUUAUUCGAAUUUAGUGCCUCGGAAGAGAGACGUCACCGCUCGGUACGACAUGACAGACGCCAAUAAAACUAAUCAUUUUUAUUACUCUAUGAGCGGCGACAGAGAGGAGGAUGAGAAACUGUUGGAACCGAUCAGAUACAUUCUUCAAGUUCCUGGAAAACAAAUAAGGGCGAAGUUAGCACAGGCCUUUAAUUACUGGCUAAGAAUAUCAGACGAUAGACUCCAAGCGAUCGAUGAUAUAGUGAAUAUGCUCCACAACUCUAGCAUUCUGAUUGAUGAUAUUCAAGAUAAUUCCAUUUUGCGAAGAGGUAUUCCUGUGGCACAUUCAGUUUACGGAAUUGCCAGCUCAUUAAGUGCUGCAAAUUAUGUGCUAUUUAUUGCACUGGAAAGAGUUGUUAACUUACAACAUCCAGCGGCAACGAAAGUAUAUAUGGAACAACUACUGGAGCUUCACAGAGGUCAGGGAAUGGAUAUUUUUUGGAGAGAUAAUUUUAUAUGUCCUACCGAGGCAGAUUACAAGACUAUGACAAUAAGAAAAACCGGUGGACUCUUUAACUUAGCAGUAAGAUUAAUGAAACUGUUCUCGACUUGUGACGAAGAUUUUUCGUCAUUAAUAGCUACCUUAGGAUUGUAUUUCCAAAUACGUGACGAUUACUGCAACUUGUGCCUCGGUGAGUACACCGAGAAUAAAAGUUAUUGUGAAGAUUUGACUGAAGGAAAAUUCAGCUUUCCAAUUAUUCAUGCACUUGCAAGCAAUCCUGACGAUAGGCAAAUAGAAGGUGAUAAAGAUAUUCUAAGACAACGAACAAAGGAUAUCGAAGUAAAACGUCAUUGCAUUAAAUUAUUAGAACGAUUUGGUUCCUUUAAAUAUACGAGAAACGUACUUGAGGAACUGGACUCGACCGCGAGAUCUGAAAUCGAACGUUUAGGUGGUAACCCGCUCUUGGUGAAGAUUUUGGACGAGCUCAAGAAUUGGGAUACCAAAGACGCGCCUAAGGAUCUCUUAACUGGAACAUUUUAAAUUUCCAAUUGUUUGUAAAAACAGCAUAAGCUUAACAUUAUAAAUGCUUUUUUUAUAAUUUUACAAAGCUGUUAUGCCAAUAACCCAUCAAGGAUUUUAUCUUAUACAAAAGGUAAUGUAGAUAAAUGUAUCAAAAAUAAUAUAAUAAAAUUUUGUUAUUCGAUUUUGUGGAGAAAAAUGUUCUUAAAAUUCUAUUGAGCGCUUAUGCAUUAAAAACAAAUAAAUACCUACAAAAGCAAUCUAGCGCCGUACAAUUUACAGCGCUUUCUGUCGAACAGAAAUGUUUUAUUGUAUUUGCAUGUAUGUGAGUAUUCUGUAUUAUGCGUAUUGUCCUACAAUAGAUAUAAUUUAUUAGAAUUUGUAAAAAUAUGUACAUACAUGGUGACUUGAACAUUUAAUUGUGUUAAGAAAUUUGAAUAAAUGGGUCUCUCAAUAGUAAAA